UAUAUUUAUAUCACCUGCUUCAUGAAUAAUAAACAUAUCUUUUUACUGAAUUAUCACACGGCUUCCUUCACUCCUAUGGUGCAAGAAACCAUCGCUAUCAAAAAUAUUGCUGUAGCGGCUAAUUUAGUCAGAGAUGCAAUUGUCAAGACUCUCCAAACUACGGCGACAAAAAAGCAGAAAGCUAUCGGAAUAGUUGCUGCUAUCCUCGUCUCUUGCUAUAUCAUAAGAGAUCGUAUUCUCAAACCGCCUAAGAGUCUGCGUCAUUUGCGUUAUGAGGGAUUUUUUCAGGUUCUGAAGUCUAUUUUUAACAAUGAAUCGUACUGGGAUCGAGCUCACAGAAGUAUUCUACCGAUUAUCAAUAAAGAAGAUGAGAAUGGUCUUUACGUACGUCCUGGAACAAAUGGCUGGGAAGUCCAUGUGACAAACCCUGCGGCUGCCAAGCUUAUUUUAUACAAACAUGACAAAUUUCCCAAGAGAGAAAUCCAAGAAAAGAAUAAAACAACCACACUCCUCCCAAAAUUUGUAGUAGGCGGUAGAAAUAUAGUCUUCCUUAAUCACCAGGAAUGGAAGGCCCAAAGAAAGAUUGUUAACCCGGCGUUCCAUCGUUCUGCACCAGUAAAGUUGUUUGGCGAGUUGACUGUAGAACUCUUUCGCGUCAUGGACAAGAUGAAUGAAGACACCAUUGAUGUAGGUGAUAUAAUGCAAAGAUUGACUUUAGAUGUUAUCGGCAAAGCAGGAUUCGGAUUUGAUUUUCAUGCCAUCAGCCAAAAAGACAAUAAGUGGGUCAAAACUUAUAACUCUGUGAUCAGCGGUAUUCAAGAUCCACUGUAUGCUAUAUUCCCCAUUCUUGAUCGCAAAUUUCUGUGGCUUUUGCCUAAACGUAGAAAAGUUCAUGAGGAUCUUAAUCGUUUCUUAAAAAUGCUUGAAGAGGUAAUCGAGGUGAAAAAAAUGGCUAUCAAAAAUGGUGACACUCAGAACAAAGACCUCGAAGAAAACGAAAAGGAUCUUCUUACCUUAAUGAUUGAAAGCAUCAACAGAGGAGAAGGCGUAAUGACUGACACAGAAUUGAAGAGUAACCUCAGCUUGUUUUUCUUAGCAGGUCAUGAUACUACAUCUAACACACUUUCGUUUGUUAUUUACUAUCUGGCGAAAAAUCCUGAAAUUCAACAACGCGCUAGAGAAGAGGCUGAAGAGAUUCUGGGUAAAGGCCCUGGUGAUGUGUUGCCUACGCUUGAGCAAACAAAAGCAGCCACAUACAUUGAUCACGUAAUGAAAGAGACACUGCGCAUUAAUGGCCCUGUCACGCAAAUUUUCCGUACAAGCACUGAAGAUACUGUACUGUCAGGACAAUUCAUACCGAAAAAAACGGAAAUUGUUGUUGAUAUAUUCAACAUUCAGCAUAGUGAAAAGGUUUGGAAGGAUGCUGAUGAAUUCAAUCCUGAUCGUUUUGCUGAGGGUGGCGAGGGUGAUUUAGCUACUCGGGAAGGCCUCGCAUGGUUGCCUUUUGGCGGCGGCGCACGUCAAUGUAUUGGAAUCAAUUUCAGUUUGACGGAGCAAAGAGUAUUUUUAUUGAUGUUGCUGAGAAAAUUUACCUGGAGUUUACCCGAGAAUUCAAAGCACAAGAACAACGUAAUAAGCAAGGGAAUCAUAAUCGGCCCUGAUCAGUUAUAUGUCAUCUUUAAGAAUAGAUACUGAGCACUUAUACAUGGCCUAUAAAUACUAGCUUUAAGGUUUUCUUGAAUGCUACGCAAUCACUUACUAUUCAUACUAUAUGCUCAAUAUUAUACUUUGCUUAUACUCAAAAUUAAAUGCUCAUAAAAAGCCAAUAGUUUCUAUCGCAAUGUUCAUGUCGGAAGUAAUUUCAUUGGAUGCGCCGCGCAAACUUGAUUUGACGUUGGCACCUUUAUAAAGGUGUCAGCAGCAUUUUUACAAAUGCCUGCUUUUCUGC